CCUUGACCUGGACCUCAACCAUGUCCAACAACUGAUCUUGUGUAUCAUCUCCUUGUCUAAAUCCACAUCCACAUUAGCAUGAAUCUUGAGUACCACACAAACACAAUGCAAGCAAACCAGAUGAGCGAGCUUCAGUAUCUCCUACAAUCCAACCUCGACCCAUUCCCCAACCCUCUCUACCAGCUGUGCAGUGCUGCUCAGGAACCGAGCCCGAAAUGGGCGUGCCUGAGCAGCAACUCCACCACCUCGGACGAAGCAGAGGAGAUGAGCAUCAUCAACGAGAGGAAGCAGCGCAGGAUGAUCUCCAACAGGGAGUCGGCGAGGCGAUCCAGGAUGCGGAAGCAGCGCCACCUGGACGAGCUCUGGUCGCAGGUGGUCUGCCUCAGGAAUGAGAACCAGCACCUGAUGGAGAAGCUCAACCACGCCUUGGAGACCCAUGAUCGGCUGCUACGCGAGAAUGCGCAGGUUAAAGAGGAAGCGUCCGAGCUUCGUCACAUGCUCGCUAACAUGCACCUCAAUCCCAAUCAUUUGCCAUCAACUUCUCAAUUUCACUGAUCAACCUGCCCUUUGUUAUUUUCUUGCUAUAUAGUAUUAAACUAGACUUUUUAUUUUUUAUUUUUCAUUCUUAUCUUUGUGACAUGAGAGGAAUAAAGUGUUUGUGUACAUUA